GACCAACUGUACUGGAAGUAAUAGCAUAAUGUUCAGAAAUAUCACCAGAAUAACAUCAAGAAGGUUAACUACCUCUACUAUAUUGCGCAACGAAACUAAGGUCGUCUCUACAUGUCCUGCAGGAACAGUAUUAAACUUGAAACUCAGAAAUAAAGGUGACGAACCAGUGGCAUUAGAAGACUCAGAAUACCCGGAAUGGUUAUGGACUAUGCUUGACCCAAAGACUAACCGCGAUCAAUUGAAAUCUACUGACUUUAUGAGAUGGAGAAGAAUAAAUUUAAAAAAGGAAAAUAUCAAAACUAUAAAGAAUAACAACUUCUUAUCUACCAUGUAAUAUAGUCCUACUAGCUUGUAUAUACUGACGAAUAAUAUAAAUUGGAAUAGCUCAUC